AUGAAGUUCGACGAUAAAUUGCCACAAACAGUUUGUACAUCGUGUGCUGAUAAAGUUGAAAAUUUUUAUAACUUUUAUUUAAGUGCACAAAAAUUACAAAUCAUAUCAUUUACCCAAAUUAAUGACAGUGCUGCAACUUUUAGUGAAUCUGAAUCUUUUGACAAUUUCUCGAUUAUAAAUGAUACGAAAUUGAGAGAACCAAUUCAUGAAGAAUGGAGACAUUAUCAAUGGAAAUGUUCAGAUUGUCCUGGUGUUUUCGAAGCAUUGGAUGAUUUACGAAAUCAUUAUCAUAAUUAUCAUAAAAAACCGGCAACAUAUACAUGUGAUAAGUGUUUCAAAUCAUUUAAAAUGUUUCGCAAUUUGCAUAGGCAUACAAGAGCAUGUAAAUAUAAGAAAAAGUAAAUAGUUA